GAAAGAAGUAUUACAUAGUUAUGUAGUGGCUGAAUAACAUCAGUAUAUGUUGUAAUUAGAACCAUGUCUAUUAGUACAGUUGCAGGUCGCUUAAUGUAACUUGUUUUCGAUGUGGCACAUCGGCAAAAGACAGAGUCCCGUAUUGGUCAAAUUUUCUCGUUGUUGGUCUCAAAACAGUAAUAGGUGUUUGCGCGGUUCUUGCAAUGUUAUCUUCCUAAAUUAAUUGUGUUGCCUAAAUAUUCUGCACUUGUCACACGUUAGUCAAUCCCCAUAUAAUUGAGUUGUAGUUUCAUAAAUAGGCCUACUGCUGUCAUGUUUCCCCGCUGUCUAAAUAACCCUCGAAUUCUAUCCAGGGGGCCCAUAGUAAUACAUUAGUAAUACAAUUAAGUGAUACAAUUUCAAUGAGAGGCAGUACAUUGUUUGUUUGUAAAUAAUAUAUGCUCAGUUCUUCUGUUUUAUUAAUGUUUUCUAGUUGUUUUGAUGGUCACUUCCCUGGGUCACCUGAAGACUGCUCUUAAAAGCAUGGAAACGUUGUCCAGUCACAGUGCUUACCUUCUCCAGCAGUUACAGGAGCAGAGGAUACAGGGGCUUCUCUGUGACUGCAUGCUAGUAGUCAAAGGAGUAUGCUUCAAAGCCCACAAAAAUGUACUUGCUGCAUUUAGUUCCUAUUUCAGGUCUUUGUUCCAAAAUUCGCCAAGUCAAAAAAAUGACGUUUUUCAACUGGUCAUUCAGGACGUGGGAGGUAUAGGCCAGAUACUGGACUACAUGUACACGUCCCAUCUAGAUGUCAACCAGGACAAUGUACAAGCACUGUUGGACAUCGCCCAGUGCUUACAGGUCCCAAAUGUACAGAGCAUGUGCAACACUUUCCUGAAACCCAGCGCUCCUGCCGUGGAGGCCCCUUCUUUCUCAUUGUCUGGUGUCUUGACCUCGGAACACGACUACCUCCUCGGGACAGGCCUUGCCCAAGACGUGGACCUUCCUUGCCCUUCUUCGGUAGGCCAGAGGUCUGCCUUUGGCAGUGGGGCACCAAUGUCCCAUGGUGGGAACGCUACCUCUGAGACUACAGCCAUUACCCAGCCAGUCCCAGAGAAGCAGCUAGUACACGGCUACAAGCUACGCAACUUCUACAGCAAGCAGUACUUCAAGCAGAGUGCUGCUGCUGAGACUAGCAAUGCAGCAUUAAACCAAGGCCCAAGCCCCCUGGUGCUGGUUGAAGAGCAGCAGUUCCAAUUUGGGGUCACACAACCAUGCGCGAAUGCCCCUGUAUGUUCAGGCAAUGCGAUUCAGUCAAACCCACCCUGUCUGCAGGCUAUACCAGCUGAGAAGGAGUUUGGUUCAACGUUGCCUGCUGAAGACUUGUCAACCACAGCCAACCCAGGAGGAAAAAUCUCCCCUGUCAACAAGCCCAUGCGGCCAAAGAAAGCCGUCUACCUGAAGAAAUACAACUACCUGCGCCCUCAGAAGGCUCUAGAAGAGAUGUGCCUGGAGCAGAGCAGCGAACCAGUCAACCACUGCACAAAGGAGACUCACCAAGAGGAGGUAGUGGUCCAGAGUGAGAUACCUGAAGCUCCCGUAGACUGCCUACCUCCCAUAGACUGCCUGGCCAGAGACAGGGAAGUGGUGUUGGAGACCGCAAUGGAUUCUCAACUUCCAAGUCCACCUCCUGUUGACCAAGAGGAGGAACCGGACCCACCAACCAUCAGUGAUCCAACAGAACCAACUGGGCAUAAGGUGCAGUACUGCUGUGAGAUGUGCGGGAAGACUUUUAAACACCCAAGCAACCUGGAACUUCACAAGCGCUCACACACUGGGGAGAAACCAUUCCAGUGUAAUGUUUGUAGGAAAAACUUUUCACAGGCAGGUAAUUUGCAGACCCAUUUACGACGCCAUUCUGGAGAAAAACCUUACAUUUGUGAACUCUGUGGGAAAAGCUUUGCUGCCUCGGGGGAUGUUCAGCGUCACAUUGUGAUCCACACGGGAGAGCGGCCACACCUGUGUGACAUAUGUGGACGCGGUUUCAGCAACAUCAGCAACCUGAAGGAGCACAAGAAGACUCACACUACAGACAGAGAGUUCACCUGUGACCAGUGUGGCAAGUCCUUCAACAUGCACAGGAAACUGCUGAAGCACAAGAUCAGACACUCCGGGGAGAAACCGCACACCUGCCAGACUUGUGGGAAGAGCUUUGCUGGGUCGGGCGACCUGCGUCGCCAUGUGAGAACGCACACGGGGGAGAGACCCUACCUCUGCAACACCUGCGGCAAGAGCUUCACCCGCUCGGCUGUCCUGAGGAGACACUGCAGCAUGCACUGCAAGGCCACGCCUGACGACUCCAGCCCUGACGUAGAGGACCCAGAGCAGCCUGGCAGUAGCAGUACUGAUGGAGGAGGAGGAGGAGGCCCAUUCCACAAGACUGUCAGCCACAGUAAAGCACCUGAGCCCAGGCAACCACCACCAACCUCCAAUACUGUGAUGGAGCUCGAUAAGCCUUCGCCCCCACCAGCACAUACAGAAGCCCCAUUGACUAGCAUCCACCUCAGCCCGUCUACCUCAACGUCCUUCCCCGAGCUGCGCUCCAUCGUGCCCCAGCACCUCGCCAUCGUGCCCCAGCACCUCCUCCCCUCCACCCCCUCCCAGCAGCAGGAGAAGUGCCCUCCUCUAGCAGACUCCCUGAAACUGGGCAAAACUCACCUACCUCAAGAGGCCCUUGUGUUUGGCCCAUAUGUGGAGAAUGGGCCGGUGGGUGUGGAGAUACAACAGCAGGGGUCUGGGGCCUCGGUGGUUGCCCGGCCGUACCUCUCAGCCCCAGACAGUUACUGUGGGGCCCUCCCAGGGGCUAGCCGCCCCAGUGGUACCCCCUACAGGGCAAGUGAGGGACCCUUCUUUUCCAGUGUAACACUAUGGGGGCUGGCCAUGAAAACACUGCAGAAUGACAAUGACCUGGAGCAGUGAAAGCUGGAGCAAGUAGUGUGUCUAAUGUGGCUUCCUUUCCUCGUCUCGUCUCCAUUGUCAGGACUGAUUUGAAGACACUGUUGUAGGGCAAAUCCACAUGAUGAUACCUACUGGUGAUCAUCAUUCAUCUGUUCAGUUCUUUCACAUCAUUGUAGAUGAAGGGAAGGAGAUGAGGAAAGGAGGUCACUUUAGUCUAUUCAGAACUAGCCAUAGAGUUCCCUUAUGAAGGAAGACUGCUUAGCACUAUGAUAUUAUCUAACUUCAAUGAAUAGAAUAUAACACUCAGGUAUUUCCUUUUAUAGGAUCUUGUUUUUAGAACAAUUUGUUAUAAAGAUGGCAAAAAAUGUAUAUUCUUUCUGGAUAAGUAUGCACUGUUUUGAAAUAAAAGAUGCCAAAAAAAUAUAGUUUUUUAGUUUAAAAUAUAUUGUAUUUUCAUGCAGUAAUGUUACAAUGGUGUAUUGUGUAAGCCUGCUCUGUCAACCACACAACAUAGAGGAAAUGUAUUUCUGGUUCAUUAUGGCUUCAAUAAAUGUCUCCUUUAGUGGCUCCAA